GCACUGCUGGCACUUGCUAGUGCUAGCAAUGCAGCCUCGCUUAAGGAUGUCAAGCAUGUUGUCAUGCUAAUGAUGGAAAACCGAUCUUUCCAGCAUUAUUUUGGCACCAUGUCUGGUGUUCGUGGUUUUGCGGAUCCUAACGUGCAGAUUAACCCUGAUGGUAAAUCUGUCUGGUACCAGAAUGCCACUGGCCUUACUGAUGCUGCGGACUACCUUCUCCCUUACUGGCUGAACUACCUCGGCGGAGAGGAAAACUACAACAAAAGUCAGUGUCUAUGUGCGGGUGCCAACAACUGGAUUCCUACCCACCAGGCCAUGAAUGGUGGUCUGAACAAUAUGUGGGCCCAGGUUGCUACCCCUCAGUCCUGGGGCUACUUCAAACGUCAGGAUAUCCCAUAUCAUUUUGCUCUUGCCGAGGCAUAUACUGUUGGUGAUGCGUACCAUGCUAGCAUUACCUCCAACACUGAUCCAAACAGAUGGUUUUGGCAGUCUGGAUCCAUCAACGUCCCGGGAGGUUACCAGGCUCUUGGAGCAGGUGGUGUUGUCCUCGAUGAUAACCAAGGCAACCAUUGCGAGGGUGAUAACCUCAACUGCCUGCCGCUUAAAUGGCCGGCAUUCGCGCAAUAUCUGGACGAAGCUGGUGUUGACUGGCGCUCGUACCAAAACUCGUACAACUGGGCGACUAACAAUGGUCUAUUCUACUUCCAAGCUUUCCAGGAAGCCGCCACCAAUUCCAGCUUGUACCAAAGAGGUCUCGCCUUUGACGGUGACAAUGGCUUGGAUGCAUUCAAGGCAGCUGCUGCCAACGGAACCCUUCCUGAAGUCAGCUGGGUUUUCCCCCCUGGUGCUCUGCAAGAGCAUUCACCAAAUACACCAAUUGACGGAGCCUACUUUAUCAACCAAGUUGUAGAUUCUAUUAUCCACGGCAAGAACUACAAGGAGACUGUCCUGCUCCUCAACUACGAUGAGGCCGGUGGUUGGGGUGACGCUGUGCUUCCUCUAGUCUCUCCCAACGGAACCAAGGGAGAAUGGUUCGAGGACCCCUAUGGAGAGCUGGGUUACACCUUCUCCGGCCCUGGUAUUCGCAUUCCUCUGAUGAUUAUUUCACCAUUCACUCGCGGAGGUCAUGUGUUUACUGAGCGUGGCGAUCACUCCUCGAUAAUUCAGUUCGUUGAACAAUUCCUAACGGUUAAGGGAUAUAAGAAUAUUACCACCCCCCAGAUGUCUGACUGGCGACGCGAGCAUAUGUCCGACCUUCUCAAUGCAUUUGACUUCGAUAAUCCGGAUUACAGCAUUCCCGAACUUCCUUCUCCGAUCGAUCCUAUCAGAAACUCCGAGGGCGAAAUUCUCGGUCUGUACUCGGGUCUUUGCUCAAAAGAAUGGACAGGAAGCUGUUCUGGUAGCGAAUAUAUCUCGGGCAUCCCAUAUGGCAACCAGACUGAGGAAGAGGCAUUGUAUUAUGAGGAUGGCUAUAAGGGUGUGAGAGGCUAUUUGACCGAAGGCCGUUACCUUGUCUUUGAGAGGAAUGGCUAUGCUCUCACCUACAAUGGAAAGAAGGUAAAGGCAGCAAAGGCUACCUCCAAACACGACAGUCUCUCUCAGCGCUGGGUCCUUCAUGCUUUGACAGAAGAGGGUACCACUUUCCGUGUCGCAAGUGCUGUUGACAAGAAGUACCUCACAGUUGACUUGACCUUGUCUGCUUCAGAAAGCAGUGCCCAGGUCUUCGAUAUCAACUACAUGGGCAAAAGUGAGUACGCUCUGAAGCUGGAGAAUGGUGAGUAUUUGAACCUAGAUCACCAUGGGAAAGUCUCCCAGUCCAAGGAGAAGGAAGCUUUCAAUAUUUAUAGUGUCACCUACCACAACUGAUAUGGUUGCCAACAAAUAGCGGAUACAAGGACCGGGAAAUGAGAUUGAGAAAGCUCCAGCUCGGCUCUACCUGAGAGAAUAGUACUAACUUUCUUUCCCCUGUUAUCAAGCUUUUUGCGGAUUACAUUUUAUCUAAAACCUGAGGCAAAUGUCAGCCAAUUUGAACUCUCG